GAUUAAAUUAUUUGGUUUAAUUAAAAAGAUAAUAUAAAAAAAAUGAAGUUAUCAUAAAAUAAUUAAGUUAAAUAGUUGUUUUAUUAGAUAUUCGUGGUUUGAGCAGUGAAUAUAAUAAAUAAGCGAUAAUGAUUGUCGAAAUUGAACAAGGCAAACUACGAGGUCGUACAGCACAAGGAAUCGAUGGUAAAAUUUAUAAAAUAUUUCAAGGAAUUCCAUAUGCUAAACCUCCAGUUGGAAAAUUACGCUUCCUGGCACCACAACCUCCUGAACCAUGGACAGAAAAUAUUUGGGAUGCAACAAAAGAACGUGAUGUGUGCUAUGCAUACGAUAUGGUUAACAAUCCUAAACAGGUUUUCGGAAGUGAUGAUUGCUUAUAUUUGAAUGUUUACACCCCAGCGACUAAGAUUACUGAUAAAUUACCCGUAAUGGUAUGGGUUCAUGGAGGUGGAUUUUAUUUAGGAUCGGGAAAUACAGAUCUUUAUGGUCCAGAAUUUUUAAUGACAAAAAAUGUGGUAUUAGUUACAUUUAACUAUCGUCUAGGAUUUUUAGGAUUUCUUAGCUUGGAUGAUGCCUCCGUAGGUGUAACUGGUAACGCUGGACUAAAGGAUCAAGUUCAAGCACUACGUUGGGUACAAAAAAAUAUUCAUAAAUUUAACGGUGACCCAAAUAAUGUGACGAUAUUUGGUGAAAGUGCGGGUGGAGCUUCAUGCAAUUUUCUAUUACUCUCACCAUUAUCCAAAGGUCUUUUCCAUAAAGCAAUUAUACAAAGUGGUUGCGUAUUAAAUUCGUGGGUACAGCAACCACGAUUGGAUGAAAUAUUUUUAAAACAAAUUGGAUGCAAAGCAACAAAUGACAAGGACAUUCUUGAAUUCCUUCAGCAACAACCAUUAAACGUUAUUUUAGCAGCACAAAAUAAAACAUUCCCCAUUCCAACUCGUUGCAUGGGUGAAUUGUGUUUUCCUACUCCAAGAGUUGAACCAAAUAUUUCAACAGCAUUUUUAAGUGAACCAUCUGAAAAAUUAUUGCUUGAAGGUCGUUUUCAUAAAGUACCUGUUAUGAUAGGUGUGACGAGUCAUGAAGGUUUAUUGUAUUUAAAUCCUGAAUUCAUAGAAUCGUUUCCUCCGGAUUUUACGGAUAAUAAGAUCUUAGUUCCCCGUGAUUUAAAAGAAAUAUUGAAAACUGAAAAAGCCAUCCAAGAAGUUGGUGAUAAAAUUAAGCAAUUUUAUUACAAAAAUGAAAAACCAUCCUAUGAUCUAUUUGAUACAUUCAUUGAUUACUGCAGUGACUUGGCUUUUAUACACAAAAUUAAUGUGACGACAAAAUUACUUGGUGAACAUGCAAGUGUUUACGCUUAUUAUUGCAAACUAAAUACGAAAUUAGGUAUAAUAAAAAAUGCAACGGGUAUUGAGUAUGAUGGAACAUGUCACGCUGAUGAUGUUGCUUAUUUGUUUAAAACCCAAAAAACUCCAACAAUUGAAUCAAACUCACCAGAGGCCAUUGGUGUUGAAAUGAUGACAACACUAUGGAUAAAUUUUGCUAAGACUGGUAGUCCAAAUUCCAAGAAUAUUAAUGUCGAUUGGAAACUAUUUACACCUAGGGAAGAAAACUAUUUAGAAAUUGAUAUAAAACCUCAAGCAAAGAAAAAUAUGCUGAAGGAACGUAUGCGAUUUUGGAACGAUUUAUAUCGAACUGUUGCUGUAGAUUCAACAAUAUAUCAGAAGUUACGGGUAUGGUGCAAAUUAUAAAACUGGAAACUGAGAUUCAAAAAUGAAGUACAGUACUUACAAAUUCUUGCCGAUAUAAACCAUCAUAAAAUUUGUCGAUUUUUAUACGUAAACUACGGAAUAACUCAUGACAAAGAACUGUGGUUCUUCGUGAUAGAUUUUAUAUAUUUUUGCAUUAUUAAUGU